AUGGCGGAGACGGUGGAGUCUCUGACGGAAAUUACCGAAGUUGGCUCGCAAGUUGAAGAAAAUCCAGCGACCCAGGAUGAAGAUCAGCGUACGAGACUGACACAGUUUCCUCAAACUAGAAUUCGCAAUAUGAUGAAGAUCGAUCCAGACCUUCAUUUGGCCAACAGAGAGUCGGUAUUUCUUCUAACCAGAGCCGCCGAGCUGUUUGUUGAUCAUGUUGCCAAAGAAGCAUACAAAAGAACAAUUAUGGGCAAAAGAAAAACAAUACAAAAAAAAGACCUUGAUACUGUUGUUGAUGAAAAUGACGAAAUGGCAUUUCUAGAGGGUACCUUGGACUGAUCUUUGUGACUCAUCUUGCUAAGCGGCCAUCACUGAUCACUGAAUAUGAAGAAAGUAAUUAAAUUUUCAACAUCCAAAACAGAUGAAUGAUCAUGCAGCAGUUUUUGUGAUGGCAUUGUCGACCAGAGAAUGUAGAAAUGAAGGGAGAUGCAUUACCCUCUUGUCUGGCUCAGGGCUCUAAAAAGUAUCUUAACCCUUCAACUCCCAAGAUCUGAUUGUUAAUUCUCUCCUUUAGCUGCUACACAUUUCCCUGUGAAUUGGUUACAAGAAUUUGGUGUUCAAUCAAGAUAAUAUCUUGUACCUGAGUAAUCUCACUACCUGUUUGCUGGAUAAUGUAUGGAUACUGUUGGGAGAAGUUACAUGUUAAUCACUUCUGGGUGUUAAAGGGUUGAGAUCAUUGUCUUAUGAAUUUUAAUGAAAGUUUAUUCUUCAUGAAUAACUUUGGUAACUUAGCUGCUGUGUGUUUGUGCUAACUGGCAAUACUCUAGCAGGCAGAGUUUAGUCUAGUCUGGGACCUGUGGACAGUUGAUGCCUCACAUGAAACAGUCUUUAAGAAGAAAUUAUGUGUCUUGUAUAGUGACUUUUAUAGUGCAACAGUUACACAAGAUGCAUAGUCUUUUGUAAAAUUAGUAGAAGACCAGCAACUUUAAGUUCUGGUGACCCAAUAUACACUUGUGAGAAUUUGCUUUUCAUUGAUUAAAUGCAAUUGAUGCAUACUUGUUAAGACUGCUUAGUAAUCAGCUGCAUCACAGCAUCCUAUCUACUAAGUUUUGUCAUAAAAUUUUGUAAAUAAUGUAAUUUUAGUGUUUGUUAUGGUACGAAAUACAUCAAAGAACUAAAUUUUAUGCUUUGAUCCUAUUUUUUAAAAAUUAAUGUUAAUAAUGGAUACUAGAUUGCACCAAAAACAUUUCUAUUCUUGAUUUGUCAAAACAGACCACAUCCGAAAAAAACUUACUCCCCAAAAAUAAUUUUCAGUCAGUUUCUUUCCUAUAUUGAUUAAAAAAAUAUCAUCUCAAAAGUUUUAAUUAUUUAAAAAGCCAAGCAAGAUACCAAAACUUUUCUUACAAAACCUUACAUUCCUCAGAUAGAAAAAACUACGCUUCAAAAAACUAUCCUCUUGAUGCAAGUGAACAGCUGUCAGAAACACAAAAGCCCCAGACUGUAGAGCACCAAUCGACAUUAGUCUAAACUUGUCUGCAUUGUAUUAUAUGCAACGUAGAAGGGUUUGAUUUCAAAAGGAACGUGUCGUUCAUCUUGUCACAAGGAUAAGAUGAAGAAAGACUGAGUUGUAAGAAGGAGUUAAGUCCAAUAACUUUUUUCUUUUAAUUUGUAUAGUCAAUAUUUUUUUCUGUGUAAAUGCUUGCACUGCUGGUCAAGUCAACUGAUUAUUAAAACUCAUUCAGCCAAUUA